UUUAAGUGUAUUGAUUGGCUGCAGGAUAGUAAAAUUCUCGAGUAUCUAGACAUUUCUUAUUCAGCAGCGUCUGCAAGAGCCAUUACGCAGGUUACGCUGCACGUGACGGCACCCUGAGAGGAGAAUUUUCGCAUAAAUUUCUUUUUCGAAUGAAUUCAGGAAUCGAGCCCCUGCUGAUUGCGUUACCGUGGAUACUUUGAGUUUACUGAAAAUGCGGCUAUGUCGCAACAACGGAGAAGCGUGUUUGCGUUCGAUGAAGGGCCGAAAUACAAUCAGCGCGGACAAACUAUCAAGUUUAUACCGAAUAUCAUAGUAUAACUGGUAGGUCCACUCUCUAUCGGCCCCUUUGAUCUUUGCGGUCCCGAUCGCGUAUUCCACCAUGCACUCGGGCAGGAUCCAGCGAUGUGUGUGUUGUUAUACGUAAUCAUCAAAGUCACACUACGACAUAUACAACUUUUCUCUCAUUGGUCUGCCUGGAACAAUGUCAGAUGCGCAGAAAGAAUCAACGCAAAACGAAACAAAUGAGUGAACUUACUAUAUUAGUUAUACUAUGCUACUACACAGAGUUGCGGAAGUUACUUGAUGAAAGUACCUACCCAUGCAGCACAAACUUUGCAGUUACAUUGCAGCAACAUCACAGCAAUGUUGUAAUAUUAUAGCAAUGUUAUUGCAAUGUAACUGCAAGUUUUGUGCUGUACGGGUAGUUACAUUUUUCUCGCUAAAAGUGUAACUAGUUAGAAUUACAAGUUACGAAUUUGGAAAAGUAACGCGAAACAAAUGAGUGAACCUAUUAGUUUAUACUAUGCUACUACAGAUACGACUUUUCUUUCAAAUCUUGAUAUUAAAAUCGCAUUCUAUCUUCAUCGGGUUACGAUACAACUUGCGCAGGCAAACACCGGCAUCCCGCGAGUUCCACCGAUGCGACAUUUACUGUAUGUUUAUGCCGACGCAGACGCGCUUACGCGAGAAAUGACUUUCGAGAACGUAAUCUUCUUAUUUAUAGCUUCUGAUGGAUAUAAACGGCGUCACGUGCGGACGCUUCAGUUGACACACGGCGAGUCGAUCUGCGAGGCGCCAUUCCGCGCGCGAGCGUGUCUUUCCCAUUUUCUCUCGGUACUACUGCCAGUACUGGAUGCUAUUACUGAAUUUAUCUUUUGAGAAAAUGGUAACAGCAGCAGUUAUUCUUUUCUAAACCACCCGCACCUUUCUUCGAGACCGAAUGCUCGAAACUGUUGGGAGUUAAUUCGCUUCAGGUCGUGCUGUCAAAAAGCGCCUAUGUUUAAACAGUCAAGUGAUUUUUGUCCAUCCGCAAUUAUUACCCGAACCGAAUUAGUGCUGUACUGUCAGCGGUACCGAUCGUGACGAGGAAAUGGGAACACGCCGUGAAUUUGUAAAUGCGCGCGAAUCCUAUUUUUGGGCGAGUUAGGCGAGAGACAACCUGCCUGAUUGCCCAGCUGGCGGGAAUCCGAAAGUCUGAAAUCUUGAUUAGCUAUCGACGAUCAACGACUUUGGAAUUAUCAACGAGAUAUUUGGGGACGAUGUUGCCUUUUAAAAGAUAACGACGGGUGAUCAGCUGUGCUGACUUGGAGAAACUGUGCGGCUCUCUCGCUCGGACAAAGGCGCGUUACCAGGAUGCCUCGGGUGAGGAGACAAGUGAUCCUGGAGGAUCCGGCCAGGCCGGUCACGCCGGACAUGGUGGAGACAAAGCUGUUGAAGCCCGAGUUCCUGGACGACGGUUCCCUGGACGAGAUCCAACCUCCAAAGGUGGCCGAGGAGACGCCAAGCCCUCAUUUACAGGAUCAUCAGUAUGGACAAACGCCUUGUUAUCAAAUAACGAGAAAACCCACACAGCCACCACCAAGAGCUGAGAUAUCAGUUCAAGCGGUAAAAAGAAGACUGAAUUUGGAGGUAGGGACAACUGGCCCCAGCCAGUCUGCCUUCAAAGCACCCAGAGGUAAACGUAGAAGAUCCGGCUCCAGUUCCUUAGCUGGUCACACGCCCACCAAGAGCAAAACCGUAGAGAGGACACGGUACGACACGUCCUUGAGUUUGCUCACAAAGAAGUUUAUUCACUUGGUCGAGAGCAGUCAGGACGGCGUGGUGGACCUGAAUGUGGCGUCGGAGAAGUUGGAGGUACAAAAACGUCGUAUAUACGACAUUACCAAUGUUUUAGAGGGCAUCGGUAUCUUGGAGAAGAAAAGUAAAAACAAUAUCCAGUGGAAAGGCGGCCAGUUACCGAACAAUCGGAACGAUAUCGCUAAUCUGAGAAGGGAGGUCGCGGAUUUGGAAUCUAAGGAGAACACCUUGGAUCGACUGAUCGACGGUGCCGACAAGAACCUCCGCGAACUCUGCGCCGACAGACAAUACGCUUAUGUGACGCAUCAUGAUUUACGUUCAGUCUCAAUGUACAAAGACCAAGUUAUUAUGGCUGUGAAGGCCCCGCCGGAAGCUACCCUCCAUGUCCCACAACCAAUCAGUCACUUAGGUCAACAAGAGCUCCGAAUGCACAUGAGGUCAAAACACGGAGAGAUAGAUGUGUUUCUGUGUCCUGAGGAUCCUACAGUCAAAACGACGUUACCCUAUCCCGGGUACGCGACAACGCAAUCUGUGCCUCAAUCAAAAGAAUCCGAUAUACCUUGUUUGCCUCCUGAAUUGUUGAUUAAUCGAGAAAGCGACGUGAAAAUCGAGCCAGCAUCUUCCGACGAGAGUUUCAUAAAUACUCGUCUGUGUACCCCCGUAACUACAGUUACCAAUAUAACGAGCAUGAAGGACGCGUUCUUAUGCGAAUCCGAUGAUUAUGGACCAAUGGGUGGUGGUAAAUUCCAACUCCAAACAGAGGACCAAAUCAGCUCAGAUCUGAGUAUUCUCGAUUUUGGAGAACAACUACUGACUUUGGAACCGCCUCUCUCCGAAAACGACUACUCGUUCUCGUUAGGCACCGAGGAAGGUCUUUCGGAUCUCUUCGAUUUUAAAUUUUAGAUAUAUCAUCGCUUGCACGGGCGUUCGUGUCCGUUUCCUCAAACGGACGGAACUGCUUCGUCAAUUUUACAAUGCGCCUUCGCGUUAUACAAUGGUGGUUAGCACUUUCGUUCCGCGCGUCGAUUUUCAUGAGGAGUCGCGAGCAUACAAAGACCUUUUUGUUUAUUUAUUGUUUCUUCAAGUACGCAAUUUUCUACCUGGAAUUUGUUUUCCGCACUUUUUGUACUUAUAAGACGUCACGCUUAUAUACAUACACAUAUAUACAUAUAUGUGCAUAUAUAUAAAAGAAUAACUACAAGAUUAUCGAGAUACGCCAGAGGCAAUUUUAAAUUUUACCCCGCAGAAACCAAAGAGAUUGUACAAAUUGCUAUACAAUGCAUUAUAUUUUUCCGUAAAAUAAUUUUACACUAACCAGUCCAUCAUUAUCUGUCCCAGAUAAAAAUUAUGAAGGAAUGUUAUUAAUCUGCCUGCGCCAGAAUAUUUUAACAGUUUGUUUUCUUUUCGCAUGCAUAUUUCAUUCCAGAAUGUCUCGUGGUUGUAUCGUUUUAAUUUCUAGGAUCACAAACUCUGAAUGAAGGAGCCAAACUGUGAAGCACAGGAUAAACAUAUCACAAUAUUGUUAAUGCGUGCUUCCGGCUUGAUACGGUCUGCGUUGAUCGCGUUCGCGGAAUGGAUUGCGAAGACAUUGGACAUAGACAGGAGAUGAAUGAGUGUAUGCGCGUGUGUGUAUGUGUGCGUGUCUAUAUGUGUGUACGUGUGCAUAUGUGUGCAUAUGUGUGUAAGGAGGAGAAGAAGGAAAGAAAGAUUAAGGAGCGAAGGCGCUUUUUCGUGCAAUCUGUAAUAAUAUUGUAAAUUGAGCUAAGAUAAAAGAGAGAAUGUAUUUGAGAAUUCAGAGAGAGGACAGACUGUACUCGUGUCGGACAACGACCUGAUCGCUUUUUGUAGUUGUCCAACUGUAAAAUGAAUGAGACGGUUCAAGUCAUCGAAUUCUUUCUGAUAUCAAGUUUUGAGCGAUGGAGAGGAAAGGGAGAGGAGAAAGACGAGAUUGCCAGAAUUAUUUCACGCGCGCGAAAAAAAGGACUGCGUAUAUUAUCGGGACUGGGGCGAUUUCCUAAAUUAAUAUGCGACAGCAGAAUCCGUCGUUCUCCCCCCGGACGAUGUUUCUUUUAACGGAUACAUAUAUUGCCUUGUUAAUAAAAUCGACAGCAUGGUAGUCUUACU